AUGAGCGACCAACCCUACGAUUAUCUGGUACUGAGCCAUAGGUGGGAAAAGCAGUCUACGGAGCAAGUCCAAUUACUGGAGUCGAAUCUCGCCGACUUUCAGCUUGAUAUUCCGUGGGACAUGCUCUGUGCUUCAUCCCAAUACAAGGAGGCCAUCCGCAUUACAUGUGCUCUAGGCUACCAAUACCUAUGGAUCGACUCCUUGUGUAUCAUGCAAAAGUCUGAUGCAGACUGGCAACACGAGGCUAGCCGGAUGGCCAUUGUUUAUGGCAACGCGGUCUGCAACAUUUCCCUAAUCUUCCCCACGCAGCAAGAAAUGGAAGACGCAGCGAGAAAUGACCCGCGGGACUGGAACUCGUGUAUAUUGCGAGAAGCCACGCCCACAAAUCCAGGCCUAUAUCUUGAGCACGUCGGAAACGUCAUCGACCUCCCCUCUUGGCUACAGCAACACAAGUGGCCCCUUUUCGAGCGGGCUUGGACAUUUCAAGAGUACCUCCUCAGCCCACGAACCCUACUCGUAGGGCAUAGCAAUCUCAUGUUCCAAUGCUCCGAACUCUUCUACGACGAGCUCCUUGGUCCCAUGGGUGACGGCAACGGACUCAUCAUCGACGAAGAAAAGUCCUCCAAGGUUCACGACUUCGACUUCCAGAAAUCCUUUUACUUCCCCGCCACACUCGGUAUAGUCAAGGAUUGCCCUUCCCUCACCCAAGUCCCCGUCCUCUUGUUCCUACAGGAUUGGCUCAAAGUCUUCAACGAGUACCGUGCCCGCAAGCUCACCGUAACAACAGAUAGAGUCAUCGCCUUUGCGGGAGUCGCACGUGUAUUUUCCUAUCUAAGCCGUAUGACCUAUCUGGCCGGUGCAUGGCAAGAAUGUCUCGCACCCUGCCUCCUAUGGCACCUCGACAAGAAAUCCAACCACGUCGCCUUGAGAGACAACCAUCUGCCCAACGGCAGCUAUUAUGACUACUCCGUCAUCGUCCAAGAAGCCGCGCAAACAUGCCACAUACCAUCAUGGUCCUGGUUCUCGGCCCCCAUCUACGCCUACCACAACCUGCACUUCCUCUUCCUCGACGUGCUCUCCCUCCGCCGAAAAAGCAACCUCAAACCCCCCAUGGCCUGCGUCAACGACAUAUCCUGGGCCCAGCUACAACACUUCCAAUUCGGCGCACACCCGCAAAACUCCUUUUUGCCCUCGCGCAACUACGCAGACUUUUGCGCCCUCGGCCUCACAUUACGCAUGCGCACUCUCCCCGUCUCCGCUCAACUCCCCAUCCAUCUCUGCUCCCAACUCGCACACAUCAAACGCUUCCCCAAACACCCGGAAGACGCCACGCUCGACUGCGACCCCGUCUUUACAUACUACCACGACGACAUUGCCAAGCCGCGCCGCAAUCCGCCGCGCAACGCCCUCUUUGCGCUCCUUGCGGAAAUCCAAAUCGUGCGGCUGGGCGGCAAGUACCAUGUGCAGAGGAUACUGGCGGGUUUGGUGUUGGUGCCUUCGGAUAGGGAGGAAGGGGCUUGGAAGAGGGUAGGGGCCUGGAAGCUCAAGGUUAAGAUAUGGGGGUGGCUUGUUGAUCGGGCGAAUUUGCUCAGUGUGGCGGAGAGGUGGAAGGGGUAUGAGAUUGUGGGAAAGGCUUGGGGGAGCGAGGAAAUUACGAUUGUUUGA